AUGAAACUCCUGCUCCUCCUUCCCGCCCUUGUGGCGCUCGCUAGUGCCAAGUCUGUCCAGAAGCGCAACGCUUACGGAGACGAGCAGGUUGCUCCCGCCCCAGGACCAGCUCCAGUUGCUCCCGCACCUGAGCAACCACAAGUUGUUGUCGACCAGCCACAGCCAGCUCCAGACUGCGGCUCAGCCCAGCCAGCACCAGCUCAACCCUCAGGAUACAGAGCUAAGCGCAACGCUUAUGGGGAUGAGCAGGUUGUUCCAGCUCCUGCUGCUCCAGCUCCAGGACCUCCAGCACCAGUUGAGCAACAGCAAAUUGUCGUCGACCAACCACACCCAGCUCCUGACUGCGCCCCAGCACCCGCUCAGCCCUCAGGAUACAGAGCUAAGCGCCGCGCUCGGGAGCGACGAGCAGCUCCAGACUGCGGCUCAGCCCAGCCAGCACCAGCUCAACCUUCAGGAUACAGAGCUAAGCGCAACGCUUACGGAGACGAGCAGGUCGCCCCUGCCCCAGGACCAGCUCCAGUUGCUCCCGCACCUGAGCAACCACAAGUUGUUGUCGACCAGCCACAUCCAGCUCCAGACUGCGGCUCAGCCCAGCCAGCACCAGCUCAACCUUCAGGAUACAGAGCUAAGCGCAACUCGCGAUACGGAGACGAGCAGGUCGCCCCUGCCCCAGGACCAGCUCCAGUUGCUCCCGCACCUGAGCAACCACAACCAGCACCAGCUCAACCUUCAGGAUACAGAGCUAAGCGCAACGCUUACGGAGACGAGCAGGUCGCCCCUGCCCCAGGACCAGCUCCAGUUGCUCCCGCACCUGAGCAACCACAAGUUGUUGUCGACCAGCCACAUCCAGCUCCAGACUGCGGCUCAGCCCAGCCAGCACCAGCUCAACCUUCAGGAUACAGAGCUAAGCGCAACGCUUACGGAGACGAACAGGUAGCCCCUGCCCCAGGACCAGCUCCAGUUGCUCCCGCACCUGAGCAACCACAACCAGCACCAGCUCAACCUUCAGGAUACAGAGCUAAGCGCAACGCUUACGGAGACGAGCAGGUCGCCCCUGCCCCAGGACCAGCUCCAGUUGCUCCCGCACCUGAGCAACCACAAGUUGUUGUCGAUCAACCACAGCCAGCUCCAGACUGCGGCUCAGCCCAGCCAGCACCAGCUCAACCUUCAGGAUACAGAGCUAAGCGCAACGCUUACGGAGACGAGCAGGUCGCCCCUGCCCCAGGACCAGCUCCAGUUGCUCCCGCACCUGAGCAACCACAAGUUGUUGUCGAUCAACCACAGCCAGCUCCAGACUGCGGCCCAGUCCAGCCCCCAGCACCCGCUCAACCCUCAGGAUAUUAA